AUAAUUCGUACGUAUUAGCAUUUUAGCGGCAAAAUUCGGGAACUUGUGAAGUGCAUGCAACUUUAUCAGUGCAAAAGUGGUGCAAAAAUUAAAUAAAUAGUGUUUAAAAAGGCAUCGUUGUCACAAUACAGCAUCACGAUGAGUCGGCAGCUGCGGAAGAAGCCGCGGAUCAGUUACUACGAGCCGGAGGAGCCGGCGUACGACGAAUACAUCUUCUGCUCGCGCUGCAAGGACUACGUAUACGAGUACUGCGCUAUACAUGGCGCGCUGCUCGUCGUGCCGGAUGACAAGGAGCUGGUCUGGGAGUGUUCUCCACGCUGACGCUGCCCAGCGGGGUCCGCUUCGGUCCAUACCGCGGCGUCAAGAGCAAAGAGAUCACCUCCACCUACUGCUGGCAGCCCGCUUCUAUCUUAGACUGCAUCAUCACUUACCAUCAGGUGAGAUUGUAGUCAAGGGCUAACUUGCAGAUGUACGACGGCAUCGGCAAGCCCACGCACGUGGUGGACGCCGGGGACCCGAACAAGUCCAACUGGAUGCGCUACGUCAACUGCUCGCGGCACUGGUGCGAGCAGAACCUGGUCGCCUUCCAGUACCGCGGCGAGCUGUACUACAGGACCAUUAAAAUAAUCCCACGAUUCACAGAGCUGAUGGUGUUCUACGGGGCAGAAUUCGCUCACAUGCUGCGAGUCAACAUACGGACUUACAACUCGCCCGUCGUGAAAGUUCGCGCGUCGACCAAAAAUAAACCGCAAGCGACACCAAGCGCAUCCGCUCCGUACCGUGGGACUGAUGGUACACACGAUGAUCCGCACCGUGGGACUGAUGGUACACACGAUGCUCCGCACCGUGGGACUGAUGGUACACACGAUGAUCCGCACCGUGGGACUGAUGGUACACACGAUGCUCCGCACCGUGGGACUGAUGGUACACACGAUGAUCCGCACCGUGGGACUGAUGGUACACACGAUGCUCCGCACCGUGGGACUGAUGGUACACACGAUGAUCCGCACCGUGGGACUGAUGGUACACACGAUGCUCCGCACCGUGGGACUGAUGAUACACACGAUGCUCCGCACCGUGGGAAUGAUGAUACACACGAUGCUCCGCACCGUGGGACUGAUGGUACACACGAUGCUCCGCACCGUGAGACUGAUGGUACACACGAUGCUCCGCACCGUGGGAUUGAUGAUACACACGAUGCUCCGCACCGUGGGAAUGAUGAUACACACGAUGCUCCGCACCGUGGGACUGAUGGUACACACGAUGCUCCGCACCGUGAGACUGAUGGUACACACGAUGCUCCGCACCGUGGGAUUGAUGAUACACACGAUGCUCCGCACCGUAGGACUGACGAUACACGCGACAAACAUACUAAACUCAUUCCACCAACAAACAAGAAAAGUACUACAAAAAAAGUGAGUGUUCGCGUGUCUGCCAACAACAAACAGCCGCAAGCGACACCAAGCGCGCCGGCAGUUGCUCCGCACCGUGGGACUGACGAUACACACGAUGCUCCGCACCGUGGGACUGACGAUACACACGAUGCUCCGCACCAACUCCCGGACAAGCAAGAGCAAGUCAUUUCUCUCCAAAACGAUUUACGUUGUGACAUAUGUAACUAUAUAUGUAAAACUCAAAAAUCAUUGGAGAAUCAUUUAGUUCUACACACACUUGACAAUGUCUUCAAGUGUAGCUCCUGCGGAUUUAUAAGUAAGAAAAAAGACUACUUGGAGAAUCAUUUGAAAAUACACACAGGAGAGAAACCAUUCGCAUGUACUAGUUGUGAUUUUAAAUGUAUUCAAAAAAGCCAUUUAAAAAUACAUAUGAGGGUACACACAGGAGAGAAACCAUUCGCAUGUACUAGUUGUGAUUUUAAAUGUAAUCAAAAAAGUAGUUUAAAAAUACAUAUGAGGGUACACACAGGAGAGAAACCAUUCGCUUGUACUAGUUGUGAUUUUAAAUGUAAUCAAAAAAGUAGUUUAAAAACACAUAUGAGGGUACACACGGGAGACAAACCAUUCGCUUGUACUAGUUGUGAUUUUAAAUGUAUUCAAAAAAGCCAUUUAAAAAUACAUAUGAGGGUACACACAGGAGAGAAACCAUUCGCUUGUACUAGUUGUGAUUUUAAAUGUAUUCAAAAAAGUAGUUUAAAAACACAUAUGAGAGUACACACAGGAGAGAAACCAUUAGCUUGUACUAUUUGUGAUUUUAAAUGUAAUCGCAAAAGUAAUUUAAAAAGACAUAUGAGGGUACACACAGGAGAGAAACCAUUCGCUUGUACUAGUUGUGAUUUUAAAUGUAUUCAAAAAAGCCAUUUAACAACACAUAUGAUGAUACACACAGGAGAGAAACCAUUCGCUUGUACUAGUUGUGAUUUUAAAUGUAAUCAAAAAAGUAGUUUAAAAACACAUAUGAGGGUACACACAGGAGAGAAACCAUUCGCUUGUACUAGUUGUGAAUAUAAAUGUAUUCAAAAAAAUGAUUUAAAAUAACAUACAAGAAUACACAGGAAACCAUUCUCAUGUAAUGCAUGCAACUAUAGAACUACACAAAGCAGUACCUUAAAAUCCCACAUGAGAACCCAACACUGCGCGUAGACACACACACACUAGUGGCGCCUGCGACUUGUCCUCCACUGUUGACUCACACCCCCCCCCCCUCUACCCGCGCUAGACAGCACUUGCUCGAGACUUGCUCCCGCAUAGUCGACGCUUGCUCACGCGUACUCGACACUUGCUCACGCGUGCUCGAAACUUGCUCCCGUAUACUCGACACUUGCUCACGCGUGCUCGACACUUGCUCACGCGUGCUCGAAACUUGCUCCCGCAUACUCGACACUUGCUCACACUUGCUCACGCGUACUCGACACUUGCUCGCGCGAUCUCCGCCUCAUGCGCAGUGGCGUGCACUCUAGACACAAAAUGCACUGCAUACGCUGAGGGCUCAUUUUCACCCAGCAGGGUUAUUAUAUAUCUCUGUGUACCAUUCAUCUAUAUAAUCGGUUCGAUUCCCACAACUGGAAAAUAUUGGUGUGAUGAGCAUGACUGUUUUCCAGUGUCUGUGUGUAUUUAUACAUUAUACAGGGUGUGGCGUAAAUAAUGGAUAACCCUGUACCUGCCGAAGAGACUCCUAAUGGGCUAUAGGAAUAUAGAUUUUUUUUUAUUUAUUUAAGUUUCGUUUUAAGAAAAAUGGCUUAAUUCAUGUUUUUCAAAAAAUGGGUACUUUCAUUUAUUCAUUUUGCUACAGUUACCACAAAUUUUAGAUUUUUUGCAUUCUGGUUUUUUUAUAAUACAGCUAAAGAAUUGUGCUAUUGGUUGGUAUAAGGAAUUCCCAGUUUGUUACUCUAGUUUUGGAAAAAAAUAACAUGAAAGUUCAAAAAGCCUUAUUAAUUAUCCAAUUUCUUAACUUUGUGCAACAUCUGGUGUAAAAAAUCUCUAUGAGAGAUGACUUGCCCAUUAUCUUAAAAACAUGCUUGUUUAAUGCAGAUUCCGAAAUGGUAUAAUACCUACUAAAUAUCAUGUUAUUUACGAAAAAAAAUGGCAAUAGCCAAGAACAUGUCCUUGAUUUUUUAACUACAUUAUUAAAUUAUCACAAACAUGUCUUUGUUAACGUAAUAUGGGUCGACCCUUUAUUGUGUGACCGGGGGCAGGUAGUCAAUAUGGAUAGAGCAAGCAGAUAACGACCUUAUUUCGACUACCUGUGGUUGUUUGUCACUGGAAAAAACGCCAUGGUUAAUCUCUUCAAAGGACAGAGACAAAGCAUUUUCAUGUUAGGUAAACAGUAGUUGUGCGAUAGAGAGAUGUUUAUUGUUCUUAUUACAAACGACAAAAACAGGUUUAGAACUCAGAACUUGUGUUAUACAGUUGCAGUUAGUGCUCAUUUGACUAUCGUUGCAUGCGCAUAUCUCGGUUGUAUUUUCACGUGAUUGGAUUUUUUUAAAAGUGAAUUUGGCUUACGUACUACGGACUCUGUUUUUGCUAUACGAAUUGGACAUUUGUGAUAUUAUCGAAGACGAUCGACAUCCCGAUUAUCGCGUGUUUACACGAGUGCACGUCGCUUUUAGCGAAGGACGGAUGCCUGGUACCGGUGUUGGUGGAGCUUCGGAAGGUAGACCUCGACGACAUGGUGAUGACGAAGUUUUAAACGCUGUAAGAGCAAACCCUGAAUUAUCAAUUCGCGAAAUAAGUAGCGAAACUCAUGUGGAUACGCGCACUGUGGGCAGAAUCCUGCACAGGCAUAAGCUUCAUCCAUUCCAUUUUCAGAGAGUGCAGACUCUUAUGACAAGGGAUUAUGCGCCGAGAGUGCAUUUCUGCCGAAUAAUGUUACGAAAAAUAAGAGAAGAUACAGAUUUCUUUAACAAAAUAUUGUGGAGCGAUGAAUCAAGUUGUAGACGAAAUGGCUACCUCAAUUUGCACAACCUCCAUAGUUGGCAGGCAGUGAACCCCAGACAAUGUAGACAAGAUCGUGCUCAAGUCCAAUUUAAAGUAAAUCUUUGGACGGGAAUUUUAAACGGUCAAAUAGUUGGGCCCAUUGAACUUCCGGAGACACUAACGGGUCCCAUUUAUUUAAAUUUUCUGCAAAAUAUUUUACCACAACAAUUAAAAAGUUUAAAUGUGCCAGAUAACCACUGGUUACAAAAUGAUGGUUGCCCUGCUCACUACGCACGCAUUGUCCGGGAUCACCUGAAUGAUGAAUACAAUGAGAGAUGGAUUGGUCGUUUAGGACCCAUUUUGUGGCCGCCAAGAUCUCCUGAUCUGAAUCCUCUCGACUUUUUUUACUGGGGAUGUUUAAAAGAAAAGGUCUACAAGACGGAGAUAACAUCCCUGGAACAAUUAAAGGUCCGGAUUUUUCAAGCUGCUGACGAAAUAAAGAGAUCUGGCUUUGUACGACGCCUGAAAAGGUCAUUCAUCCGUCGUUGCAGGGCCUGCAUUGCCGCAAAUGGCGGCCAUUUUGAACAUUUAAUUUAAAAUGUAAACUUUUGUGUUUUAGCUUUUUCAAUAAAAAAAAAUCGUUUUAUGUUUUUUAUUUAUUUUUUAAAACAACCCACACACCCACUGGUAAACCUAGUCAACUUAAAUUGCAAUAGAUAAUUUGUUUGUGAUAGCUUAAUAAUUUACUUAAUAAAAAUAAAACAAGGACAUGUUCUUGACUAUUGCCAAUUUUUUUCGUAAAUAUCGCGAUAUGUAAUAAGUAUUAUACCGUUUCGGAAUCUGCAUUAAGCAAGCAUGUUUUUAAGAUAAUGGGCAAAUCAGCUCUAAUAGAGAUUUUUUAAACCAUAUGAUGUACAAAAUUAACAAACUGAAUAAUCAAUAAGGCUUUUUUGAACUUUCAUGUUAAUUUUUGCCAAAACUAGAGUAACGAAUUAGAAAUUCCUUAUCAAUAACAGUAGCACAACUCUUAAGCUAUAUUAUAAAAAAAAACAGAAAAAGAAAAUUCCAAAAUUUGAGAUUACUGUAGCAAAAUUAGUAAGUGAAAGUACCCAUUUUUAUAAAAACAUGACUUAAGCCAUUUUUCUCAAAACGAAACUUCAAUAAAUAAAAAAAAAUCUAUAUUCGAAUAGCCCAUUUGGAGGCUCUUCGGCAGGUACAGGGUUAUCCAUUAUUUACGCCACACCCUGUAUAAGUAUUUAUAUGUAGUAUAUAAUUGUAUAUUAAUAUUAUAAUACUAUCAACUAUCUUAGCACCCAGAACACAAGCUACUCUGUAUGAUUACUUUGGGGCUAGAUAGUGAUGUGUAUUGUUUAAGUAUAUUUAUUUAUUUAUUUAUUAUAAUCAUAUGGAUUUGUUCUCUCAUUUAUUUAUUUCUCCUUUUUUUAUUUAAUUUUUAACAAUGUCAAUAUAAAAUACAAAACACUAUUAAAAAUUAUUUUUAUUAUAUUAUAAUCAGUCACUACAUCGUUUCUUAUCGUAUCGUCUGACAUUGUUUUAAACGAUAUUAUCGUAAUUUUAUGUAAAAUUACAUUAGUAUAGUAUAUAGUAUAGAGUAUAUACUAUACUAAUAAAUACUAUAUAAUAUAAAAUAACGUUAUUUUAUAAAUAAACUAGUAUUUACGUAAGUUGGUUGAAAUAAUAAUGUCAGAUGAAUGUUUAAAACAAAACAUCAUUGCCACUUGACGUAAAUGGCGUAGUCAAGGUCAUUUCGUAGAAAUAACUCUGUUAGAUGAUCACAAAAACGAAAUUAAUUAUUAAAAUGGCACACUGAGAUACAUAAUAAGGCCGCUGGGUCGGUAGCCAUGUGGCAUGUCGAUUCUAUUUCUACAAACGAUAACGCUUCGACAAAUAACAAACUGUAUGGAUAUGACAGAUCCGAUCGACAACUUGAUCACGUGACCUGAUAGUAAAAUAUGACAUUGCCAUACAUAUUUCUAGUUUUCAAAGCGCUUGCGUUUGUAGAAAGAGAAUCGACAUGCUACAUGACUACAGCCCCAUAGUUGGUAAGAAAUUAAAUAAUAUUCCAUUAGACCAGACCUGCGCAAAAUUAGAAAAUAUAAAAUCCUUAAACGAUCCUAGAUUGGAAUCAAACCCAGGCCCCAGGACCAGUCGAGAUCCACAGUACUACCGACUGCGCCAGAGGUCGUUGUGAGUCUAGUACACGCCACUGCUCAUACAAACUUCCGCUGUCCUUAUCGCCUGCUACUUAGGUGUCUAUAUACCAAAAUUAGUCUUAAUAAAUAAAUAAAUAGUAAUAGUAAAACUUUUUUCGUAAGAAGUGCUAUGUUGUUUUUGGUCACUAAGCAUUGUUGGUUACGAUCUGUACUCAGACCAAUUAUAGAAGGACCUGUAUCGCACUCAUAGUCACGAACAAAAUAGUCUGUCAUUUUCUGAGGAAAACGAGCUUAGAUUUGGUAUAUAUCUUAUACUAAACUAGAAGUUUUUGCCCGUUUAUUACACCAUUCAAUUACACAGAAAGGUAUUUUUACGGAGCUCUUUAACCGACGAACACGGAUUACGACUAUUUAACAUCGAUACUAUAGAGACGGUUUUUAUAAUCGCAUUAGAUCGUCGAUCAUAUACUUUGACAGAAAAGUAAUGUCAAGCGAGGCAGGUCCUAUACAAUAAUUGCUCUGAGAAUUAUUAUAGUGCGACACAAAAUAGUAAUAAUACAGUGCGACGUAGAAAAUAAAUGAGGGCGCUGUAGUCACAUAUUGUCGUUCUUAUGGUAACACUGUGUACACUUGGGACUGCAACUACUUGAUACUUGAUAAUAUGAAUUUUGAAUUUAUUUUUCCAUGUAAGUUCUUAGUGUGAACUAAAAACAGACGUUUUAAGUUUAUAUUAGUCUCUUUAUAAGCUAUAUAGUUAGCCUAAUUUUUACUUGUCUAUGUCCUGUUUGUUUCUACUGUCUAUGUCCUAAAAAUUAUCUACGACGGAAAAAAAUAUUGUAAACUUAAUAAUUUUUAAUAAAUAUUUUUAAUAAUGAGCUUAACUAUUAGUCAAAUAGCUUACUGUUAAGCAGUGGCGGAUUUACGAAUUUGCUGCCAGUCGGCUAUUGAAUUUUUGUAGCCCCUACUGAUUUACUGAACUUUGAACUUCGAUAUGAAUCUUAGUUCAAUACAAUGGGGAUGAUGACUAGGUUUGAAUAUAUUGAUUUUUAUGAUACAUUCGGGUAAAUAAGGUCAAUGUUAACUAAUUUAAAUAUAAAAAGCAAAGAUUUGCAAAGUAAAUAAGAUUAUAAAAUUUCAAAAUCUAUUAAAAAUCUUUUAUCGUUGAAAAUUCAUACAGUUUUAGCUUCCUAACAUUAAAUGUGACAUUUUUUAAUAAAUGAACUAUAAACAUAAACGCACAAAUAACGAAGACAUUAGUAAUUUUGUUUGUACGCACAUACAAAUCUAACGAUCAUUACAUGCCUGCGACGUCAUUAGUUCGUACCAUUUUGUAUGGGGCGUUUUUCAGGGAUCCGCGGCAGCGCCGCAAAUCUGACCCUUUAAAUCCCUGUAGCUCCGAAAGUAAUGAUCGCAGAUACCCUGUUACUUUUACAAAAUUGCUUUGCUAUUAGUAUACU